UUCUCCCUCUGGUUUCCUAUGUCCUGUGACCAGGAGGAUUUCUUCAAGGAGUACCUCAAGAUGAUGGUGAAUAUUGUCGUCCUCAACUUGCUCAUAUGUAUUUCUCUGGUGUUCUGGAUCGUGUCCAUGACUGCAAGUACUUACUACGGUACUUUACAACCCAUUUCUCCAUGGCGAUGGCUUUUUUCAAUCUUGGUUCCACUAAUCAUUGCUACACAGGGUUUUAAGAAGAAGAGUCUUGAUCACAGUGGUGCAUUGGGAGGAUUAGUGGUUGGAUUUAUCCUUGCAGUUGCAAAUUACAGUUUCUUCACUUCUUUGUUUGUAUUUUUUGUUACAUCUUCAAAACUUACUAAAUGGAAAAAAGAUAUAAAGAAGCAAAUAGAUUCAGAAUACAAAGAAGGUGGACAGAGGAAUUGGGUGCAAGUACUCUGCAACGGCGGUGUUCCUACUGAGCUGGCUGUCUUGUAUAUGAUAGAAAAUGGACCGGGUGAAAUUCCUAUCGACUUUUCAAAGCAAUACACAGCAUCAUGGAUGUGCUUAUCCCUUUUGGGAGCUUUGGCAAGCUCUGCUGGUGAUACAUGGGCUUCAGAGAUUGGUAGUGUUGUGAGUAAAAGCAAGCCGAGGUUGAUAACAACCUGGGAAAAGGUUCCAGUAGGUACUAAUGGAGCUGUUACUUUAGUGGGCCUGCUCUCAAGUUUGCUUGGGGGCAUGACAGUAGGUAUAGCCUACUUCAUAACACAACUCGUUUUCGUGAAUGAUCUGGAAAUGUCUGCUCCACAAUGGCCCAUUAUUGUGUUUGGUGCAGCAGCUGGCUUACUGGGAUCAAUUGUUGAUUCAUAUUUGGGAGCUACGAUGCAAUACAGCGGUUUUGACCGGAAUAUUGGCAUGGUUGUCAACUACCACACAAAAGACUCCAAGCACAUAUGUGGAAAACCUAUAUUAGACAACAACGCAGUAAAUCUUUUUUCUUCUAUAGUCAUUGCUUUGGUGCUUCCAGGCAUGGCAUGGUGUUUCUGGCCCAGGCGUUGAAAUGGUUUAAGGUUUUCUGCAUGCGAUUCAUUUAUGUUCAGUCUUUCUUGAAGACUCUGAAGAGUUCUCUUCAAACUCUCUUGAAGAGAGGGAUCUGAAACUUUGAGAGAGCCAAAGGACUUUCCAUCUCUACUUAUUAAGGCUGUAAGCUUCAUGGGGUAUUGGCAUAUCUCAGGGCAAGGAAGGGGCUUUGUCAAUAUGCUCUUGCUGCUC